UAAAGGGUGACGACGACAUUUGUAAUCAGUCGAACAUUCACCACCAGCCCCAGGAGAUCUUCUGCAAGUUGUGGUUUUAGGUAAAAAUAAUUUCAAGUCAAAAUCAUGUUCGUUGCUGAUCUGCAACCACAUGCUGGCCAUGCGUCCUAAACUUGGUGAAGAUUCCAGCAUGGGUUAUGACUGUGGGACCAGUUUCGGUCUGUUGAGGUUGUACGUCUUGACAAUGUGUGUACUAUGGAAAAAUGGCUUGAAAGGGCUCAUGCAGUUGGAAGGCGAGCGUUUCUCUUGUCAGCAGCCUGUCCCUCUGAAGGACAGUGUUGAUUGGUUUAUCAUCAAUGACAUUUUAUAUGAUGUGUAUACUACUCUUUUAAUCUUUUUGAAGGUUGGUUGCUACCCUGAAUCUCACUUACUCCUUUCCUCAAGUGAUGGAUGUGGACAUUUUUGAUGAGCUCUGAUGAUAAUCACAAGCAUAUGCCUGAUGAACCGCAAGGGGUUGAUGUUUACAAGGAUACUGAGCUCUUUUGUUGCAUUUAUUAGUGUUUAUAUGGCAGCUUGCUAUCCAUUUCUAAAGCUAGCAUUUUUGUG